AUGAACAAAUUCGUCAUUCUUCUGGUCGCCAGUGUCGCAUCGGUAGCUGUAGCAGCUCCAUCUGGACUCUACCUAGGCCACCACGGUGCAGCUCUAGGAGGUCCUGUAUUGGGACCAUCUGCCCUCGCUGGACCUGUUAACGGACCCCACACACUUGCUGGACCUGUCGUUGGACCUCAAAGGAUUUCUGGAGCUGUUGACGGUGGUGCUGUCGUAACUGGAUCCGUUGCUGGACCAUCCGUUGUUUCUGGUAGCGUUGUUGGAGGUACUGCAGUUGUUGAACCUGGAUACGGAUACGCUGGCUACGGAUUGGGACACCUCGGUCUUGGUCUUGGACAUGGCUGGGGACACGGUGCUCAUGGAGCAGUACUUGCUGGACCAGCAGUAGGCCAUGCUGCGAUCGCCGGACCCGUAGCUCUCCCAGCAGUAGUAGCUGGCCCAUCUGGUAGCAUAGUUGCCGGAUACGGACAUGGAUGGGGACACGGACAUGCUGGCUGGUGGGGACAUUAA